GAAAGCCGCUGAACAAUUAAAUUGCCUGGUAAGCGUGGGGGACCGCAACCAUGCUGCGUCAUGUUUCUGUUUAUUUGAAUGCGCUCUUUGUGUUCUAUUUGUCUCUGUCAGAUUCGGUAAGCGCCGCCGAGGAGAAGACCUUGCUCAAUGGAGCCUCGAAGCGCAGAGGCUACUCCAAAGGAGAGCUGAUGCCCGUCAGCUGUCUGAAUCGAACCAUCGAUACUGGAGAGCAUAUCACCGAUGACCAUGGGAAUCUACAAUAUAUACCGUUUCCGACGUGCAACGAGACGGGCCAGCCGCUGGCAUUCAAGUACAACGAGCCACAAACCCAGACCUGCACGAUCGAUUCCUUGCCGGACGAACUCUAUCACCUGCUCGAGUUCUUCGUCCACAGCGAUGUGCCCCUUACCUGUCGUGUUCCUUCUUUCCCCUUGACGCAAGAAGAGCUUGGAAUUACACCUUCACUCCCAGAAGCAGGCGGGACGGGAGCGGAGAAGGGUCUCUGGACCCCUUUUACGAUUGCGUUGCAGGGAACCCUGCAACUAAGCCAUCUACACCUACACACCAACAUCAAUGCUCUCUUCCACAUGUCCCAGGACCCGGAUUCCCCACGGGCUUCCUCACAGCAGUCAUAUCUGAUUGCUUCGACCGCGUAUUCCCUCCCCAACACUUCGUCCUCUGCACCCAUUGAGGGUGCCAAAAUUAUUCGCUACGAGCCAUUGGUCCUGACUUUCAAUGUCGGCUGGAUCGACGGAGCAGUCUUACCUGGCAUGGUUGGACGGCCUGUCCUGAAAGUGACGGACCACAGCGUCGGCUUUUCGUUAUUGAGCUUCUUCGCUUUGGCUGCGAGUGCCGGUGUGGGAGCCAUGGCGAUGCUCGUUUACGAAAGGAGGAAAAGUGGGAGAAGCGGGAUAUAUAGUAAUGGGAUCCUUGGUGGCAACGUCGGUAAUGGAAUGGCGAGAAGCUCCGGCUACGGAGGGUACGGCGGAUACACCAGCAAUCUGGGCAAGAGGGAUUGAUGCCAUGUUCCGACAAGGAAGGCCAACAGAAUUUUGGAAGGCCCUGGCCGGCUCGUUGACUGUCUCUGAUGUCCGUGGAACCUGUCACAGGAAUGCGUCGGAGGGUUGCAGCGGGCCAGGCAAGCAUAUAUGGGACCUUUGUGUCUCACACGCCGUGAGCCAGUCUGCAAAAGCGACAGCGUUUUUGGAUCCAGAGUCUGCGGGAUUUGACUGAUCAGGACUGCUCUUUGUCAUAACAGCAAAUGUGGAUGUAUGACGCGAGAGCAGAAUGUUGGAUCAUGGACGACUUGAUGGGCCAUUGGCGGCAAACAAGGCCAUAUUUGGGGACAUUGACGUCCAGUACGAAGCACAUAUCAGCAACCAGCAAUAUGGUGCAGGUCAGGUCUCCAAGGCGAGGCUGCUCACUCUCAACCGCCAAAAGCACGGCAGCUGUUGUUGAAGUAGAAGCGACCCUCAAUUCGAGCGAAAGGCUACCUUUAGUUUACAUCACCGACUCUCCAUUUCUUACUUGUUCAGUGAGGGCUAGCCUCCCGAUCGGUAUGCGACAAAUUUCUACUUAUUGAGUGGCGUGUCUUGUCCCCUUGAGCAGAGAGAAUGAAUGGUCAGGCUGAAGGGAGUGUCCAACAAGAAUCUUUCUUUUUCUCAGCACGUGGAAUCUCGGUGGCAGAUGCGAAAAUAGAUACUGAGGCUGUGCCUCGUAAGGCUGUGAGGUCGUAAGGCUGGCCAAUCACGAC